AAAGCGAAGAAAUUGAAAUCGUGACAAAGCUCGCUCAUUGGAAACAGACGACUGCCAUCUUUCUGCCAUCCCCAGAUCUUCUCCCCUUUUUUCUCUCUCCUCUUUCCCCUGUAAAAUAAAGAAAUCGAGGUUUAGGGUUUGGCCCUAAAUCAAUUCGAAAAAACGAUGCCUCAAAGUGGGAAAUUGAUGCCUAAUUUGGAUCAACAAAGCAAAAAACUCCUCAAUCUCACUGUUCUUCAGCGAUUCGAUCCAUGCAUUCAAGAUAUUCUUUUCACUGCUGCUCAUGUCGCCAUUUACGAAUUCAGCAUGGGUCAAAAUCAAUGGAGCCGUAAGGAUGUUCAGGGCUCCCUUUUUGUUGUUAAAAGGAGUGAAGAUCCUUGGUAUCAGUUUAUUGUGAUGAAUCAAAGGAAUACAGAAAACCUUGUGGAGAAUCUCUCAGGGAAUUUCGAAUUUGACGUUCAAGUUCCUUAUAUUUUAUACAAAAAUGUUGUUCAAGAAGUUAAUGGCAUAUGGUUUUAUAAUACACCAGAAAUCGAGGAGGUUGCUGAUCUCUUUAACAGGAUCAUUGCGUCGUUUACGAGUUCUUCAGAGCCAUUGGUAGACAAAAGCGAGUUUAAGGAAGUUGAGCCUGUCCCAUCCGCGUCAGUGAUGGAAAGCCCAUUGGAGCUAUCAACUGGCUUAUCAGCUUCCGUUAGUGCAGCUGGUGUUUCUGAGAUUAGUUCUAUCGCAAGAUUUUUCAAUGUGGCAAACAAUGUUUCAGAAAAGCCAGUGCAAACUUAUCAUCCUUCUAGUGAACAUUUGACAUUGAUAGGCACGUCCAGUCUGAUGCCUACUUCUACUGGGCUGCUUCAAGUACCUUCAGGGGCCACAUCUGCUCCAACUGUUCAUCUAAUUCAUCAUCAUGAUGGUUCUGAUUCAAAUUACAGAAGCAAUCAGAUAGCAAAUCUUGUUACGCCUGCAAUCUUUCAAACCCCCCAUCCCUCUUCAUCUGCAGUUUCACAGCAACCUCUUUCAUCAUCCUUGCCACACACUACUCUGCAGCCUUCAUUAACUUUGCAGCGCCCAUAUGGUGCCCCAUUUCUCCAACCUUACCCUCCGCCAGCACCAUCGCCAUUUCUUACACCACAUAGUGCUGCUGCACCAAUCCUUGGACCUGUUAUUGAUCGGGGCAAAGUUCGUGAAGCUCUUCUGACGCUUGUCCAGGACAACCAAUUCAUCGAUAUGUUCUGCAAAGCCUUACAGCACGUUCACCAAGUGUAAGCAUAUUGUAGAAGUGGCCGGGUGUUCUGAGGACGUUUGUACAGGACUUGUGUAUUUGCCAUUCCCAUUUUGGGUUGCAUAAUAUUGAAGCAAGAAGCUAUGCCCUUCGAGGGCUUCCAGCAUUUCGUUGCAUGUUAGGGGCUGAAAUGCGACAGCCGAUCUUGGGUAGGAACUUGUUUCCAGCUUGAAUUGCCAACUUCGGAAAGCGCAGUUCAUAAUCUCUGUCAGUAUCAAAGUAUGGUAUCAGUCUGUGGCUGUUAGAGAGAUUAUCUUCACUUCAUCUUAGGUUUUUGUUGGGAUUAGUGUCAUUGGGUUUGUGGUCUAUGUAAUCCAUUUUACUUCUGAACUAUUGAUGAAUAUACAGGUAGCCGAACAUAGCUCAGAGAAGAAUACAGGUCAAUGGAAUAAUGUCCUUGUAAUAAGACAGUUGAACUUUCUUUUAUUAUGACUAAAAAGAAAAUAAUUGCUGCAA